CAGCAGUGGCAGUAAUGGCAAGCGCGCCCCCUCCAGUGCCCAGCAGCAGUCCCAGCCCUCGCCCGCCCAACAGCGUUACCCGCCAAGAGAGAUCCCUCCGCGCUUCCGCCAGCAGGAGCACAAGCAGCUGRUGAAGAGGGGUCAGCCGCUGCCCCCUGGGACCCUUCCAACUGUACCAGGACGCCCCGAACCUGACGCGAGUCAGAAAUCCUCUGGUGCAUCGCACACAGAGCUGCCCCCACAGAGUGGCCCGGGAGCCCAUUAUGAGAAUCCCCACUGGGGACACCAGCCAGCCAAUCGGAGUGCCACUUCCGCCUCAGCGUCGGUCAAUCACAGUGGCUGGGAUACAGUGAUCAUCGACGAGAGCGACACCGAGGCCUGGCCCUCCAUUUCCCGCAGCAGCCAGAGCCAGGGCCCUGCUGGAGGAUGCCCCUCGGACACUGACCCUGUUGGUCCGGCCAGCAGCAGCAGCAGUAUGAGCAUGGCCACGGGGGCCAACGGCCAGACAGGCCACUUUCCUGCCAACUACCCCAGCAGCAAAGGAACCAGCUCUGGGCCCGGCAGCUCAGCCAAUKACCCCGGGGCAGGCAUGGUCGGCAUGGCCUCCAGCCAAGGAGCAGCCAAUCGGGGCUGGGGAUCUGGUCCCGGUCCRUCCCCCCACGGCCCUCCUCAGUCCUCCUCUGUCGGGGGUGGGGAGGGGAAGAGUGAUGGCCCAAUGGGAGGAGGAGGAGGCAGGGGUUGGGGCUCCUCUUCCUCCACCACCUCCAACUUUAACUUGAACCUGAACCCCAAUGCCAACCCCUCGGCCUGGCCCGUUCUGGGGCACGACGGGGGCGGWGGAGCGGGGGAAAGCAGCCCAGGGGGAGCCAACCCCAAUCAACCCCCUUCUUCUCAACCCCCUCCAAACCUCUGCAACCCGCCAGGCACCUCUCACGCCCAGGGGAACGGCAACAGAGGAGGAACCAUGGUGGGCGGCACGAACGGCAACCUUCCGGUAGGGGGAGGCGGCACCUGGGGAGAAUCAUCUGAGCCACACCCAUCCUCGUCCACGAAUGUGUCUUUCAGCUCAGAACCUCAGAACCUUAACACUGACGGACCAAAUCAUACUAGCAAGKAACAGGAGCCCCCUAUCCACAGCGUGUCCGGUUGGAGUGGCCCCUCCGGAGCAAUGGGCUCCCUGGGCCGGCCUCCUCCUGGAGCUUCGCAGCUGGUCAACGGAGAGGAUGGCAGCUCUGUCUGGGGCAACAAUGGAGACUCCAAGUCAGUCGCCUCCUCCGCGGAGCCUUCGGGCUGGGACUCUGGGGCCGGGGGCUGGGGGAGCCAUGGAAGCAGUGGUGGUGGAACCUCUGGAGGCUGGGGAGGCCAGAGCAGCGGAGAUGCCUGGGGGAAGCAGCAUUCUGGCGAGGUCCAGGGGGGCUGGGAUGCCCCCAGCUCUCCUCCCCAGCAGGCCAGCUCCUGGAGCACCCGAGCCCCUAGCACCACGGUGGCCAGCGAGGSCAGCAGCGAGGGCAUGGACGGAGCGGGACACUCCCGCCGACAGGACCGGUCGUCCAGGGAUGAGCCUGCCUCCCUGCUCCCAGCCCCUGACCUGGACCCCAGGGUGCUGUGCAACACAGGCUGGGGCCAAACCCCCGUCCGCCAGCACACGUCCUGGGACAUGGAGGAGGCGGCACGCACCCAACGAAAGGCAGAUGCUGCCGGGACGGACUCUUGGGGAGGCUCCGUCCCCAACACUCCCACCGAGCCAGCCCAAGGGCCCUCCAACCCCAGCCACGGCCCCCCUCAUCGGGCUGACCCCAAGAGCGAGGGUCCCGGGCCUGGUCCUCAGGCUGCCCCUGGCUGGGGUGGCUCCAUGCCUCCAGCCAGCCAACCCGGCUCUGGCUGGGGCGAGCCACCGAGCAGCAAGAAUCCCCCCAACGGUCCUGGGGGCUGGGGGAACCCCCCACCAGGAGGCCCCGGGUCAGGCCCCAACAUGCCCAAAGRUGGGAACCAGUCCUGGGGAGCUCCAGAGGAGAAGUCCCCAAGCUGGGAUGAUUCCCACGGCAAGGCCCCCAAGCCCCAGGGCUGGGGAGAUGGGCCGAAGCCGCCCCACAGCGGCUGGGGCAACAGCGCUGGAGGAGGGGGCAAUGGAYGAGGAGGAGACUGGAGAGAGCCUGCAGAUGMCAAGAAGAACAGUCCCACCACCAACCCUCCCUGGGAGGGAGAAGGAGCAGGAGGCUGGAAAGAGAGCAACCGAGGCUGGGGGAAACCUGGUCCGGGGAUGGGGGGAAAUGUUGGUGGAGGCUGGGGAGAGCCAGCGAUGGCCCAGCAGCYCCCAAGUGGCCCUGCCCAAGGAUGGGGCGGCAAGCCCCAGGAGAGCUCCAACGGCAACAGCGGAGGAGUUAGAGGAGGGAGCAUGGGCGGGGCAGGAGGUGGAGAAGGGAGCAUGGGAUCCUGGGGAGGCCCUGGCCCCGUGAAGCCCAGUGUAUCAGGCCGGGAGGGCAACGGGGGAGGAGGGAGCAAGCAGCACCCCUCAGGAGGAGAGCCCACAGGGUGGGAGGAACCUUCCCCACCCUCCAUCCGACGCAAGAUGGAGAUUGACGACGGCACCUCGGCUUGGGGCGACCCGGGCGCCUACAACAAGACGGUCAACCUCUGGGACAAGAACAACCCUGAGGGAGGAGGGCCACCCCAAGGUAGACCCCCAGGGAACGCCCCCGCAUGCCCCCCUGGAAACAACAACCACCCACCACAUCACCCUCCCCACCAUCCUCACACCUACCACGGCCCCCCACCACCCCUCCAGAGCCAUGGGGGCCACAACCCCCAGGGCCCAGGCCAGAACAGUGGGCCCAUGGACCCAGCCAUGCCUCACCAGACUGCGCCUCCACCACACAGCAGACCACCCCUCAUGGGUCCAGGUGAGAAGACAUACUCUAUGAAUGGAUGGCUUAUAAGAGAUCCAGCCGAGGAGGCUCUGAAGAGGAACAACAUGAACCUGGACCAGGCCAUGAGUGCUCUGUUGGAGAAGAAGACGGAACUGGACAGGCGGGGGAUCGGCAUGUCCGACUACAACAAACUAAGCUANNGACCAAUGGGCUGCCGGCCUCCCCUCCACUCCAAAGAGUCCUCCUCAGAUCGCUCCCCUUUCCUCGACAAGGACGGUGUUGGUAGCCUGGUGGAGGACGUCCUCACCUCCUCACCGUUUAUGCCUUGUUCCCCCGGCCCCCUCGGCCUGAAACUCCCCUCCCUGCCCAGCACUGCCCUGCCUCUAUCCAGCCAGGGKCUGGGCGGCCCACAGGGCCUAGCCAUGCAAAACUUGAACAACAGACAGAUGCAGAGUGGAAUGUUGGGCAGUAGCGGUGCAGCACAAGCCCGGGCCAUGCAGCAGCCUCCUCCUCAGCCGUCAGUGCCGCCUCUCGGCUCCCAGCCUAGUCUACGCGCUCAAGUGCCUCAGUUUCUCUCCCCUCAGGUUCAAGCACAGCUCUUACAAUUUGCAGCAAAAAACAUUGGUCUGAAUCCUGCACUUUUAACCUCACCAAUAAACCCUCAACAUAUGACCCUUUUGAACCAACUAUACCAGCUGCAACUGGCGUACCAGCGUUUACAAUUCAGCAGCAGAUGUUGCAGGCAGCGUAAUGUUUCUGCUCCCAUCCGACAGCAAGAGCAGCACGUUGCACGUACAAUCAAUAACAUGCAGCAGCAGAUCCAACAGCACCAGAGACAGCUGGCCCAGGCCCUGCUGAUGAGGCAGCAGCGCAGCAGACCUCGGCUCCCUCUCCUCCUCCGGCCUGCACCACGCCAAGGCAAAUCAGCCCUGGACUUGUUCCAGGCACCCCAGGCUCCGGGCCUACCCGACCUGCAGACCAAAGAGCAGCAGUUCCCCAACUCCUACAGCCCCUACCCUCUCUCUGGACUGAAUCCUAACAUGAGUAACUCCAUAGAGGUGGGAGGCCUGUCCAUGAAGGACUUCCCCAGCCCCAGUCUCGCCUCUCCAGUGGACACACCCAACUCCAUGGACAGCCUCUCUGGAGGUUCAUCCUCUCUGGAGCCCAACCUGAACAAGCACGGAAGGGAGAUACCCGGUCAGUUCCAACCUGGGCCCCCCGGGAAGCCCCAAAUGGAGGAUGGGUACAGCCCCUACGGCAUGAUGCCUGGCUCCGAGUCCCCCCAACCCCUGGUGCCCCCAGACAGCUGGAGCCAGGGCAAGAGCCCAACAAAGAUGGUCAACGGCGCCAACAUCACCUGGCCUCCAGGUCAAGUUCUGCCCGGGCGUGCCUGGAAGGGCCUGCAGAACAUCGACCCGGAGAACGACCCCAACAUGACCCGGGGAGCGUUCCAGUGGCCCCACCAUCAACACCAACAUCAGGACGUCAACCGCUACCUGCAGAGAGACCGCAGCGGAGGUAAAUUGUCGGACAUGAAGUCCACCUGGUCCCCGGGGCCCAUCUCCCACCCCUCCCAGGUCUCUCUGUCCCAUGAGUUGUGGAAGGUCCCCCAGGGGCCCCGCAGUAACACAACCGCCCCCACGCGGCCCCCUCCGGGCCUCACCAACCCCACCAAGCACUCCUCCACCUGGGGAGGCAACUCCCUGGGCCUGGCCCAAGGCUGGAGCAGCUCCUACUCCUCAGCUACCACAUGGAGUACAGACAGCUAACAGACCAGUAGCUGUGUGGUCCUGAGGAACCUCACUCCCCAGAUAGACGGGUCCACCCCGACGCUAUGCAUGCAGCACGGCCCCCUCAUCACAUUCCACCUCAACCUGACCCAGGGCAACGCAUUGGUGCGCUACAGCUCCAAGGAGGAGGCCGCCAAGGCCCAGAAGUCCCUGCACAUGUGCGUUCUGGGUAACACUACCAUCCUGGCAGAGUUUGCUGGGGAGGAAGAGGUCCAGCGCUUCUUUGCACAGGGCCAGCAGCUAGCCUCAACUACCAGCUGGCAGGCUGACCCAGGCGUCAAUCAGACGCGGAUGGGCGGUUCCGGGCCCAGAUCCUCGCACCCCAUUGGCCAUCCCCACUGGAACUCUGGUGGCGGCAURGGAGGAGGUGGAGCCAAGACGGGCGGAGACCUGCUGUGGGGGGGUGUGCCCCAGUACUCCAGCCUAUGGGGACCGCCCAGCGGAGAGGAGGGGCGGGUCAUGGGGAGUCCUACUCCAAUCAACACGCUGCUGCCUGGGGACCUGCUGAGCGGGGAGUCCAUGUAGGACCACGUCACAGAGCUCCAUGCUAGAAAAAGGAGGAAUGGAAUACUACACAGGAAUACUACACAGUACUACAUAUAUACAUAUAUACAUGUAUACAGACAGAAGAGCAAAAACCAAGCAGAUCAAUGUGGUGAUAAUCAGUGUGGGUGGGAUGAUCGAGGGACAGACUUGAGGAGGACAAGGUGACUCUUCUGUGUCCACGCUGCUCACCCUCUUCCAAUUUUUCUGUUUGUUUAAAAGAAAAACAUUUCAUUUUAGAUUUGUUCGGCGAGAGGCUCGGGUUGCAGUGUUUUAAGUUGGGACUUUGGGAAAAGCACGAGUAUGCCUUUGACUCAAACAACAAAGGAAGAGAAACAUUUGAACUUUACUCUGAGAACUAUUUGUCAUGUGAAACGUGUAUUUUAGACUAACUGCUUCAAACAAUGAGCUGCCAUCUUCAAAACUCCCAUAAUCCCUUGCUGCCUGACAGCAGUCAAUCCACACCUCAGAGAAACCAUAGAUACACAUCAUUCCCAAAGCCCAUCCCCUUCCUGUCGGGAAGGUUCCAGAACUUUCYACCAGUCCGAAAUUUCUCUUGUUUGUUUUUUCUCAGCCCUAAUUACUAGCCUUAACCUCCCUCCUGGCCUGGUUCCCCUCCUUUAUUCACUGAUUCUCACUCACUCUGUACUUACUGAAGAAAACGUACUGAGAAUUGCACACUCAUUUCUGAGCCAGCGAAAACCGAGGGGAGAGGAUGUGCUUGUAAGAGACUGAGGCCACAGCAGCUCUCAACUGGAAGCCUCGGCGGUCACAAGCAUAUUAUUCAGUCCCCACCACUCUUAAAGGGAUUGAUGAUGCAAACGCAAAAGAUCUUCGCCUUGUUCAUUUUAAAGCCAUUUUUGUCAUGGAGUUUUGUUUCCCCGAACCAUUCGCAAAAUAAGCGAAGAGAAAUAUGACUCCAGUGUGUGAAUAUUUCCGGGGGCGUGUGUUUCCAUGUGUGUAUGACCGUCUUGUUGAAGUCWAGUAACCACUGSUCUAUGGAACUGUAACAAAACACUUUUGAAAUGCACCUCAACUCGUUUAAGGACGAACUUGUGGUCUGGUUCCCCCCUUUCUGUGACUGCGGAAGACCUCAGUCAUUACCGUGGUCCACUAAUCUCUCCUUUACACCAACACACCAUUUCAAGUGACGUGCAAUAUAAGCCACAGACUACUCUCUACUACCGUCCACCCCAAGUACUAAAAGGGUUUCUCUCACAAACCUCUUUCAAGAGCAGAGACAAAAUCAGCAAGRACUCUCUAUAUCCAUCCCCCCUGGGUGUGUGAGCUGGCUGGACCCACUUAUCCGUGAAACACAAGGAUAUACAACAAGCACUUGUUAUUCAGUCUUGGACUAGGUCUUUCUAAUCCAGCCGCACACAACAGUGACUGGACUAGAGGGGCACAGGGGUAAGGAAGGGGGUGUAUGGGGCAUUAUACCAAAACGAGACUUGUUCCUUAUCUACCCACAAGACGAAACCAUGCAUUUUUUUCUUUCCAUUGUUGUAUUUGGUACAAAAAAGUAUGGAACAAAUAUAUAACUGCUUUAUAAAAAGAGGUGGUUAUCAUAGCACUUAGCAAAGAGCGGCAUGCUCCUUCACUUCAAUGCCAACGAAUCAGAAGAGGAGAAGCGUGUGACACUGAAAAACUCGAGAGAAAAAACUCAAACAAAAAAACAAGCAAUCUACUACGACGUGGCUUCUCCGUAACUCUUUAUGAACUUUAACACAAUGUGAAACUAUUUUCAUUUUCAUAUUGUUUUUAUUUUAAACCUUCCCUUUCUCGCGGUCGCUGUGUGUACCAGGAAAGUUUCUGAAAUGGUAGCAAAAUGAAGGGAUGGAAAGGAAAGAAAGAAUGAAAGACUUUGGGCACUAUCGGGUGUGAGACCCCGAAGCACUCGCCUGUUUUCCCUUUCACUCUAUCAAAGUAAAUAUCACUGUUACAUGACUGAAAAUCUUAGCCUUGUUGUCUGGAGACGCAACUAGAUGCUGCGGCAAUGUUCUGUGGAUGGAUUCUGCAGGGGGAUCGCCAUUUUCUCUCUAUCUCAACCUUUUCACAAGCCCUGCCAACCUGUAUGAUCGUGUGGCCAUUGAGUGCCUGCCUGCUGCGGAGGGGGUGGACUUCAUAGAAGCUCCACACCAGGCCUCUGCAGCAGCUCUCACCCCACCUUCACCUCUCCCUCCCUGGGAGCCUCACAGACUGGUUCCCUCAGGGACCUCCCGGGCCUCUGGUGCCCAAGAGCAGCUGUCAGAACUGUCCGAUUCGUAUUAACUACUACUACUGCGCAGCUUCUGUGUUCAUCACCUCCACUCUAUCCCUCUCUCUGCUGUUGUUAUCACC